AUGGCCCGGGAGAAUGACACCACCGUGACUGAAUUCAUCCUUGCAGGAUUCACUGACCAUCCAGAACUGCAGGUUGUCCUCUUCCUCAUAUUUCUGGUGAUCUAUGUUCUCACCUUGCUGGGGAAUUUGGGGAUGAUUGGCCUAAUCUGGAGGGACUCCCGAUUUCACACCCCCAUGUAUAUCUUUCUCAGCAACUUGUCACUUGUCGACCUUGGCUAUUCCUCAUCCAUCGCCCCCAGGGUGCUGGUGAGCUUCUCAAGGGAGAGUAAGGCCAUUUCCUACGCUGGAUGUGCUACACAGCUGUAUUUUUUUUUGUUUGCCACAGCUGAGUCUUUACUCCUUGCGGUGAUGGCCUAUGACCGUUACGUGGCCAUCUGUAAUCCACUGCUCUAUAGGCUCAUCAUAUCCAAGAGGUCCUGCAUCUGGCUCUUGGCUAGCUCAUACGUGGCUGGGGUUGCAAAUGCAACCAUGUUUACCAGCUGCACCUUUCAGCUGUCCUUCUGUGGGCCCAAUGUAAUCGAUCAUUACUUUUGUGACGUCCUUCCGCUCAUGCGGCUCUCCUGCACCGACACUCACAACAAUGAAAUGCUGCUUUCUAUCUUUGCUGGUUCCAUACAACUGACUACCAUACUGAUCAUCCUCUUCUCUUAUCUGUAUAUUACUGCGGCCAUACUCAGGAUCCGCUCCUCCGAGGGCAGGCGCAAAGCAUUCUCCACCUGCGCCUCUCACCUGACAGCCGUGGCUAUAUUCUACGGGACAACAGUCUUUAUCUACUUACGACCCAGUUCCACCUCCUCACGGGAGCAGGACCAGGUGAUCUCUGUGUUCUACACGGUGGUGAUCCCCAUGCUGAACCCCCUCAUCUACAGCCUGAGGAACAAGGAGGUGAAGGCCGCCCUGGGGAGGAUGUUAGAGAGAAGAAAGUUCUCUCAGCAGCUUUGA